AUGUUGGUCCCAGAUUCUACCAAGUUCCCCAAUGGUAUGAAGCAUGUUGCAGACCAUCUGCACGAGAAUGAUUUUUUGUUUGGUAUGUACUCCUCGGCGGGAGAGUACACUUGUGCCGGCUAUUCUGGAUCUUUAGGCCAUGAAGAAGACGAUGCAGCCUUUUUCGCUCAAAACGAAGUGGAUUACUUGAAGUAUGACAACUGUUAUAAUCGUGGUCAAUUCGGCUCUCCCGAGAUUUCCUUCAAUCGUUACCGUGCCAUGUCGGAGGCUCUGAACAAAACUGGAAGGCCAAUUUUCUACUCUUUGUGUAACUGGGGUCAGGAUUUGACAUUCUAUUGGGGUUCCGGCAUCGCUAACUCUUGGAGAAUCAGUGGUGAUAUCACAGCCGAUUUUGAUCGUCCAGAUAGCAGAUGUCCGUGUGAUGGAGAUGAAUACGAUUGUGCAUACGCAGGAUUCCACUGUUCAAUUAUGAACAUUUUGAACAAGGCAGCACCAAUGGGACAAAAUGCAGGAACUGGUGGUUGGAAUGAUUUAGACUGUUUGGAGGUCGGUGUCGGUAAUUUGACAGAUGAUGAAGAAAAAGCCCACUUUUCUAUGUGGUCUAUCGUCAAGUCUCCAAUGGUCAUUGGUGCUGAUGUUAGAAACUUGAAACCCUCUUCUUUUUCGAUCUACAGUCAGGCCUCGGUUUUAGCCAUUAACCAGGAUCCAGCCGGUAUUCCAGCCGUUAGAGUAUGGAAACGUUCUGUUCCUGAGACUGAUCAAUAUGGUCAAGGUGAAAUUCAGCUAUGGAGUGGUCCACUUGACAACGGUGAUCGUGUAGUAGCCUUAUUGAAUGGUGGUAUGAAAGAGAGACCAAUGGUUGCUUACUUGGAGGAUAUUUUCGUUGACAGCUUCUUAGGUUCUGAAGAGUUGACUUCCACUUGGGAUGUUUAUGACCUGUGGGCCAACCGGGUUGACAAUAUGACUGCUUCCCAGAUUCUAGAUGGUUCCCGCUCUGCAAACGGUCUGUUGUAUAAUGCCACACAAACUUCAUAUGCUGAUGGUUUGAAGGCAAACGACACAAGGUUAUUUGGUGGGAGAGUUGGUACCAUCGAGCCUUAUGGAUUAUUGAACGCGACCGUCCCUGCCCACGGUGGUGGCCUCUUCAGAUUGAGAAGACAGGCUCAAAAUUAA